AAAGAAGGAAAAAUUCGCUGAAUAUUGCAAAAGUGUGUGUGUUCGUUUCAGUACGAGUGUGUGUUCGUACAUACAAAUGUCUAGAUUUUGUAUGUCUAGAGGGGUUAAAAAAUAAACAACAACAUCACUGCGCCCAAAAGCAUUGCCAGCAUAAAGUGCACGCUCUGCUUUGAAAAGAAAUUAUUUUUUCGGAUGAAAGAAAAACACCGCACAUGGGUUCCAAGCAAACUAAUAUAUAAUGAGAUAAAUAGCUAAUAAUCUGAAUAAUUAUUUGUACUCAACAAUAUAUUUAUUAAUAGUUUAUAAAGUACACGCUGCUGGCAACGUUAUGCAAACUCAAUUUCUCUCUUUCUCUUUCUGUCUUUCUCACACACGCAUACCUAUGUGUCCGUCAUUCUCAGUUGAUUCGUCGUGAGUGCCGCUAUCACUUUGUGUUUGUUGCUCUGUUGCUGGCCUGGCUGCGGCCCCGUCAUCGUUGUCGGUGUAUUUUUAAUCACUUUUCUCGCUGCCUGUGGCUUUGAAAAUAUUGUACUAAUUUGGAGACGUGCAAUCAAAUAUAUGAGUUAUUGUUUAUAUAAUAAGUUUCGUUGUGUUGAUUUCAAAUACAAAUGUGAAAAUAUACGUGUAAAUCACAACAAUUUUCCACAAAGCAAAGAGCAGAGCUAAGAGAGUAGGCACCUACAAAACAUUCUCAUAUUUGUAUGGGCGUAUAUGUGUAUGUGCGUGAGCAACUUGAGCUGAUAAAAAGUAAAUCAACUAAAGUUAAACAAAUAGUACUUAGAAAAGCAAAAAUUUAAAAACAAAUCCAACCAAUACAAAAUGGAAGCAAUUGCCAAACACGAUUUUUCUGCUACUGCCGAUGAUGAACUCAGUUUCCGUAAAACUCAAAUUCUAAAGAUAUUAAAUAUGGAAGACGAUUCAAAUUGGUAUCGCGCCGAAUUAGAUGGAAAAGAAGGGCUUAUUCCCAGUAAUUAUAUAGAAAUGAAAAAUCAUGACUGGUACUAUGGACGCAUAACACGCGCCGAUGCGGAGAAAUUGCUGUCCAAUAAACUUGAAGGCGCUUUUUUGAUACGCAUCAGUGAGUCAAGCCCCGGCGAUUUCUCCUUAUCCGUCAAAUGUCCCGAUGGAGUACAGCAUUUUAAAGUACUGCGGGACGCCCAGAGUAAAUUUUUUCUUUGGGUUGUGAAAUUUAAUUCCCUCAACGAAUUGGUCGAAUAUCAUCGAACAGCGAGCGUAUCGCGAUCACAAGAUGUAAAAUUGCGCGAUAUGGUACCUGAAGAGAUGCUUGUGCAGGCGCUUUACGAUUUCGUGCCCCAGGAAUCUGGAGAAUUGGACUUCAGACGCGGCGAUGUGAUCACAGUUACAGAUCGUUCCGAUGAGAAUUGGUGGAAUGGCGAGAUUGGCAAUAGAAAAGGCAUUUUUCCAGCAACUUACGUGACGCCAUAUCAUUCAUAAUAAUGUACACCCGAACGCACACACAUAUAUAAGCAUAAAACUUACUACGAAUGAAAAAGAUACCAAUUUGUAAUACAUAUAAAUAUAUGUACUGUUCAAUUAUAUGACAUGAACAUGAGCAAAGCAGAUAAAUAUUGUAUAAACCGUAAGCAUAUAAACCGAUUGCAUUUUUUACAUUAUUAACAAGCAGUUUAUAACUGUUGUAUUCUAAAUUUAUGCGAAAUUGCAAGAACUAACACUAAACUGACAGAGUCCUUUUGUAUGGCGAAUAUAUAGAUCAUCGCACUAUAUAUUAUUAAUGUAACAAUUUUUGAUAUAUAUAUACACGCAUAUAUAAAUAAUAA